UUGUCCCUGCCGGCGCGCCGUAGCGGGGCCGCCUGCAUUGGCCGCGAGCGGGCCGGGGCGCGCGCAGGAGGCGGCGGCCGGGUGAGCGGCGGCGCCCAACGGCCGUGGGGCCCAACGGCCGCCGGCUACCCGGGGAGCCCAAGAUGAGCCUGCGGAAGCAAACCCCCAGUGACUUCCUCAAACAGAUCAUCGGGAGGCCCGUGGUUGUGAAGCUGAAUUCCGGAGUGGAUUACCGAGGUGUCCUGGCUUGCCUGGAUGGGUAUAUGAACAUAGCUCUGGAACAGACAGAAGAAUACGUAAAUGGACAAUUAAAGAACAAGUAUGGGGACGCCUUUAUCCGAGGAAAUAAUGUAUUGUACAUAAGCACACAGAAGAGAAGGAUGUGAAGAUGCCAGAAGGAGGCUAAUUUGUACUUGUGAACCUUUCCAAAGGGACAAGACCUAUUUGAUUUGUAGUUAAUAACUUACAAGUGAAAUACACAAGUGUUUAUUUUUUUUUAAAUAAAUAUAAACCAGUCUAAGCUUCCUGAA